AUUAUUAUAAAGUUGAUUUAACAGUUUAUAUUAAACAGGUGUAUAUAUUUUUUUCCAUCGUUAGAUACUUUUAAAAUAAACCUCGUAGGAAAACAUAGAGAUAAGAAACAAUUCUAAUAAACUCGGUCGGUUUUAACUUUACUAACAUUAAAUUAGUUAUUUGGGUGAUUUCAUGUCAACGUUAUCAAGAGAGUAUGAAUUUUCUCGGAUUUCAAGUGGAUCCUAUGGAAUCGAUGUUAGUUUUAAGCACAGAUCAAAACGAGAGGUCAUCAAAAUGACUGGUCUAAUAAGUUUGAUAGUGUUUGCUCUGAUUACUACUGUUGUGUAUGGUGUACAUUAUUCGCAGAAUGAUGGUCCACAUUCCGGUACUUUGAAAGUGUUGAGUCUGGUAAUGAACAUGACAAAUAUAAAAAGAUAUCCAAUUCUACAAUAUGGACUUACGAAUGCAGAUCCGAACAAUGUGAGAGAAGACCAACGAACACCGAUGAAACUAGGGUAUCCCUAGAACAGUGUAAUAUGUUAUGCAGUAGUCCGUCUUUAUGGCCUAAACCUAGAUCAGUGACCGUAUCAAACAAAUCAGUUUCUUCUUUUUUAAAGAAUCAAAUAAAAUUGAAAACGAAUAGUCCUUAUUUAAUUAAAGAUGACUUAAAGCAAGCUUUCAGAAUUUUCAUAAAUUCUAUUCCAGAAGAAAAUAUAUUUCGAACUCAAGAUGAAGUCGAUGUAGCGGAUAUUUAUAUUAACUUGACUGUUACGACAGAAGAAAAUAAACCAAAACUAGAUACAGAUGAAUCUUACACCCUUUCGGUAAUAAAAUCAGAUACUAAUAUAACAGUAAACAUUUCGUCUACCACGUAUUUCGGAGCUAGGCACGGUUUAGAAACGCUCAGUCAGCUAAUUUGGUUAGAUAGCGUUUCACAAAAACUUCUAAUAUAUCAUGAUAUAUCUAUAAGAGACAAACCUAUGUUUCCUCAUAGAGGCUUGAUGGUAGACACGGCUAGAAACUUUUUUCCAAUGAAACAGCUCUUAAAAGUAGUAGAUGGUAUGGCUGCUAAUAAAUUAAACGUAUUCCAUCUGCAUUUAACUGAUUCUGUAAGUUUUCCAAUUGUACUUCCUAAUAAUCCUUGGUUGGCGAAAUAUGGAGCUUACAGUCCAGAAAAAGUCUACACACCAGAAGAAAUAAAAAGUUUGGUAGAGUAUGCCAGAAUCAGAGGCAUCAGAGUAAUUUUGGAAAUAGACGUUCCAAGUCAUAUAAACGAAGGUUGGAACCAUGCCAAUAAGGUUGAUGACAAAAUAGUAAUAUGUGGUGAAGGAGAUGUAAAUGGUUUGGUAGAGUAUGCCAGAAUCAGAGGCAUCAGAGUAAUUUUGGAAAUAGACGUUCCAAGUCAUAUAAACGAAGGUUGGAACCAUGCCAAUAAGGUUGAUGACAAAAUAGUAAUAUGUGGUGAAGGAGAUGUAAAUGGUGGUCACUUAAAUCCUGAUAACCCAAGAAGCUUUAAGUUGUUAGAAUCCAUUUACUCAGAUCUUAUUCAGUUAGGCACAGAUAACGAAACUUUUCAUGUUGGAGGCGAUGAAGUGGACUUAAAUUGUUACAGAAAUACAAACUCUGCUACUCAUUUUCCCGGUCCAUAUGAGUUCUGGGCUGACUUAAAUAACAAAAUAUUAAAACUGUUACUCAAGCUUUUAAUAAUCAACCACCAAAAAAUAUUGUUAUAUGGUCAAAUGAUCUAACUAGCAAUUAUAUGUCGUAUCUUAACUAUACGAAAAACCUUGUUGUCCAAUAUUGGUAUGGACAAAUUGAUCCAAUACUAAGAAAUGGCAACAAGGUUAUAUUUUUCUACAGUCUCCAACUGGUAUUUAGAUUGUGGAUAUGGACCUUGGAAAUCAACUGAGAAUGUAGGAAGUUGUGAUCCAUAUAGGCAUUGGAAGGCUUUUUAUACCUACAGACCAUGGUACGAAUAUCAUAUGCAUAGAGAACAGGUCCUGGGAGGAGAGGCAUGUUUAUGGAGUGAACAGGUGAAUGUAGAGUCUUUAGAAACAAGAAUAUGGCCAAGAACUGCAGCAAUGGCGGAGAGACUAUGGAGUGAUAUUCCUGUUUUUGAUACAAAAGACGUAGUUACCAGACUUUCUACUCAGAGGGAUAGACUUAUACAACGCGGCUUUAAAGCAGCAGCAAUUUGGCCAGAGUGGUGUACGCAAAAUCCAGGAAAAUGCUAAAAAUAUCUGUGAUAUCGCAACUAGAACAUUUCAAAACAAAUAAACAGUGAUAUAUCUAACUUUUGUAGAAAUGUUAUUAUUUAGUUUACAUUAAUAUUUUAUGUAAUAUUAAUAAUUAGGUAAUCUUGUUUUAAUAAAUGAUAAAAGCGACAUUUUGACAUAUCUUAUCAAUAAAUCAACAUUCAGUAAACAACUUGUUGCGUUAAAGUAAACUUCACAAAUGUAAAUCUCUUCAAUAUAAUAUAUUGUGCAUUUUAAAAAUGAAGAACUGUGUUUACCAUAUUAUAUUGUAAAUAUACUAUUUAUUUAUAGAAGUAGAAAAGU